AUUACAGAGGACGCUGGGAUGAGUUAGCCUGGACUAAUUGUUCCAAAUCGAAUGAGCACUGAGGACAAACCGUCAACUUCGAAGGAACCGCCGACUAAAAUGCCCGAAAAUGCAGCGCCAACCAUAACGGCUGGCGAUGCAGCCGCUAGGCAAGGAGAUUUGAUAGAAGCAUUAGCAAAAGAAGCCGAAGAACUCAGGAAGAAACUCGAUCAAGAACGACAGAAGUUGAAUGAUAUUCCAAUCCAACAAGCCGCCGAGCGUUUGGAUCCACUGCCAAAUCUAGGAAUCAAGCAGAGACGAAUACUCAAAGGACAUGCCGGCAAGGUGUUAUGUAUGGAUUGGUCGCUGGACAAGCGGCACAUCGUCAGCUCGUCCCAAGACGGAAAAGUCAUCGUUUGGGAUGGAUUCACGACAAAUAAGGAACAUGCGUUGACGAUGCCCACGACAUGGGUGAUGGCCUGUGCAUAUUCGCCAAGUAGUCAACUCAUUGCCUGCGGGGGUCUCGACAAUAAAUGCAGUGUAUUCCCAUUAUCAUUCGAAGAUGAUAUCCUCCAGAAGAAGCGAAGUGUGGCUACACACACGAGCUAUAUGAGCUGUUGUAUGUUUUUACGUUCCGAUAAUCUUCUACUCACUGGAAGUGGCGAUUCCACGUGUGCCAUAUGGGAUGUGGAAAGCGGGCAGAUGAUACAAAAUUUCCACGGACAUACAGGUGAUGUCUUUGCCAUAGAUGUUCCUAAGUGUGAUACAGGGAAUGUAUUUAUAUCGGCUGGAGCCGAUAAACAUUCACUCGUCUGGGAUAUUCGUACUGGGCAAUGUGUUCAGUCAUUCGAAGGCCAUGAAGCUGACAUCAAUACUGUGCGGUUUCAUCCAAACGGCGACGCAUUUGCUACUGGUUCUGAUGAUGCAACGUGUCGUUUAUUCGAUUUACGUGCCGAUCGUCAAGUAUGUGUCUAUGAAAAAGAAUCUAUACUAUUCCCAGUGAAUGGAGUGGACUUUAGCGUAAGCGGACGCAUACUAUUUGCUGGUUACGGUGACUAUCGCGUCGGUGUAUGGGAUUCACUUAAAUGCGUACGUCAUUCUGUACUUUAUGGCCAUGAAAAUCGUAUCAGCUGUUUACGAACCAGUCCCGAUGGGACCGCUAUAUGUUCUGCCAGUUGGGAUUGCACCAUUAGGAUCUGGGCGUAAAUCUCGUCACCCGUGCCGCAACUUUGCGCUACUUUCAUUGCAAUUCCCCGCAUAAUGUUUUUUUUUCGUCUGUGUUCGAUUGUCAUUUGUGAAUCUAAGUCAUGUAAAAAAUAAAUUAAUUUUCUGUACUGUUG